UGCAGAGUGCCAAAUGGAUACAUUGGUUUAAAAAACAUUAUUACUGGUUUCAGAAAUACAACCCAACAAAGCUACUAUAUGUCCGAAACUUUAAAAUAUCUUUAUUUGCUCUUUGUAGACUCGAGUGUAAUCCCUUUAGAUAAAUAUGUAUUCAAUACAGAAGCACAUCCAAUAAAGAAAAAAUACAACUCAAAUUAA